CCCGGCUGCUCAGUACCCACCUACUCCGGCUCCCGCGCCGGACUCCGCUGCGGGCCGCGAGCGCGCCGGGAGGCAGAGGAGCUCGAUCGAGCCUUGGCCCCGUUCGCAGGUCGGCGGCCGUGCGGUCGGCGCCCGCACCCCCGUGCAGACAGGCCGGCGGCCGAGAGGGCUUGGCUCGUGCCCAGCUCCCGGAGUAAACGGCGCACCGAGCGGCGAUGACCGCGGAGGAGAUGAAGGCGGCCGAGAGCGGGGCGCAGUCGGCGCCGCUGCCCCUGGAGGGAGUGGACAUCAGCCCCAAGCAGGAUGAAGGCGUACUGAAGGUCAUCAAACGAGAGGGCACGGGCACGGAGAUACCCAUGAUUGGGGACCGAGUCUUAGUUCAUUACACUGGCUGGCUGUUAGAUGGCACCAAGUUUGACUCCAGUCUGGACCGCAAGGACAAAUUCUGCUUUGACUUGGGAAAAGGGGAGGUCAUCAAGGCUUGGGACAUUGCUGUAGCAACCAUGAAAGUGGGAGAAGUGUGCCACAUCACCUGCAAACCAGAAUAUGCCUACGGUUUGGCGGGCAGCCCUCCAAAGAUCCCUCCCAAUGCCACACUUGUGUUUGAGGUGGAGUUGUUUGAGUUCAAGGGAGAAGACCUGACAGAAGAAGAAGAUGGUGGAAUCAUCCGGAGAAUACGGACUCGGGGUGAAGGCUAUGCCAGACCCAACGAUGGUGCAAUUGUGGAGGUUGCACUGGAAGGGUACUACAAGGACCAGUUGUUUGACCAGCGAGAGCUCCACUUUGAGAUUAACGAGGGAGAGAAUCUGGAUCUGCCGUGUGGGCUGGAGAAAGCUAUUCAGCGCAUGGAAAAAGGAGAACAUUCCAUUGUAUACCUCAAGCCCAGCUAUGCUUUUGGCAGUGUCGGGAAGGAAAAGUUCCACAUCCCACCAAAUGCUGAGCUGAAAUAUGAAGUCCACCUGAAGAAUUUUGAGAAGGCCAAGGAGUCUUGGGAGAUGAAUGCAGAGGAGAAGCUGGAACAGAGCACCAUAGUGAAAGAGCGGGGCACUGUGUACUUCAAGGAAGGCAAGUACAAGCAAGCUUCACUGCAAUACAAAAAGAUUGUGUCCUGGCUGGAAUACGAGUCAAGCUUCUCUGAUGAGGACACUCAGAAGGCACAGGCCCUUCGGCUGGCCUCCCACCUCAACCUGGCCAUGUGUCAUCUGAAACUACAGGCCUUCUCAGCUGCCAUUGAAAGCUGUAAUAAGGCCCUGGAACUGGACAGCAACAAUGAGAAAGGCCUUUUCCGCCGGGGAGAGGCCCACCUGGCAGUGAACGACUUUGACUUGGCACGGGCUGACUUCCAGAAGGUCCUGCAGCUCUAUCCCAGCAACAAAGCUGCCAAGGCCCAGCUGGCUGUCUGCCAACAGCGGAUCCGCAAGCAGCUCGCAAGAGAGAAGAAACUCUACGCCAAUAUGUUUGAGAGGCUGGCUGAGGAGGAGUGCAAGGUCAAGGCAGCAAUAGCCUCAGGAGACGGUCAUGCUGACACAGAGAUGAAGGACGAGAAGAAGGAUGUGGCAGGGAGCCAGCCUCAGGUGGAGACAGAAGCAUAGCCUCUCCCCAGCCCUCCUGCGGCUGCCUGCCUUCCCUGCUCCUGCUCUAUUCCACCCUGUUUGUUUUGUAAAAACUGAAGAAUUUUGAGUGAAUUAGACCUUUAUUUUUCUAUCUGGUUGGAUAGUGGCUUUGGGGGAAGGGGGAAAGGAGUAGGCUGGGGGAUUGAGGUGGGGGAUCAUUUUAGGUGUUGUCACCCCCUCUUCUCUUCCCCCAUUACAUGUGAACGAAUGUCCAUCCACACACACACUCAUCAGAACGUUAAUUUAUUUUUGCUUCCUCUGUUUGCUAUGUCCAUUUUUCAAAUGGUAGAUGGGGGGUGAAUGGUAGGGAUGUGGGGUCAGAUGUGAAACCAGGGUGGAAAGGGAGACCUCCUGGGUAGCAGUUUUCCUCCCUUCCUCCUCCCUGUCCAUUUCCAAACAUGUGGCCUCCGUGUGGGUGCUAGGGGCAUGGGGAAAACCACUGUUGUGCCCAUUCCUGGUCUCUGUUCCUUUCCUCACCCCAGACAGUAUGACUGAUGAUGUCUUCUGGUGUCGUGGUGACCACCCCCUGUACCCGCUUCCAGUAUUUCCCCUCCAAUCAGUUUCCCUUCUCAGCCAGGUGUGUCCCCACCCCCCUCAGCCUCUUCUCUGCACAUUGUUGAUGGUCCAGGUUCAUCUCAAGUUCUGCACUUGAGCAAUAAAGUGGAAACAAAACCUGC